GUGCGGUUUCGUUGGGUAGGAACAAAUCUGACACUGAUAGUAUUUGGUCGGACAGCGCGAUGUGUAGCACAAGUGGUCCCAUCUUGGCUACAUUGUAAUCAGAGCGGAGAGGAAAGCAAACCCGUCCAUAUUACAGCUGCUGUGUCAGGUACAAAAAUCCCUUUACAUUUCGUUGUCAUCUCCAUUUACUCGAGCCAAUAACAAUGUUUAGAUUGAGUAUCGUAUGCACUCUGUUCGUGUGUUGCUUGUCCCCCCAAAAAGUAGUAUUUAUUGGUAAAACCUUUCACCAGAAGAUGGCUAGUUAGCUGUCGACAUCAACUAACAAAUGCGUUGCGCAUUCAAAAUGACAGCUCGCCGCUUUGAAAGGGAAUGUGAAACCUGCGUAUAGGUGUGAACAAGAUUUUUUGUAGUUGGAGACUUUUAUAUAAUUCUGUUGCAAUAGUUAGGUGACGAUUAUUUGUCCUCUCUACAUAGUCAGUCUGCAUGGAGCCCGACUUUUCUUUGUCAUGUCCCUCCUCCGUAGUGCAAUGUUUGGAUUUUCGACGUGUCUGUGAUCAUUCCUGGGUCAGUGAUUGGUAACUAGUAGGAUGACAACGUCAGUUUUGUUGUCCCUCCUGCGUUCUCCAACAUGGCCUACUAUAUGAUAUGUUUUGUAGAGACGGCAUUAUUGCUCUAAAUACCAUGAUUGUUGCUACAUUUACGGCCGAUAAAAUAUGUUUUGCUGUCUAUCGCUGUGGCAUUGAUGCUGUUGUAUAGACGUUUUCUGAUGAAUCCAAGGAGGUUAGCCUGCUAGCAGUCGGAACAGGGAAGGUUAGAUUUUUGUUAUGUCAGCUCAGCCGACCUCUUACUGGCCAUGUCUCAUUCUACAGCAAAGUGGAUGUUGUUGUUUUGACUUGUCGUCAUGAUUCAUGGCUAAAGGUUUCACCGCAGAAACCGGUUUAAUAACGUAAAGGCGACGGAUGUUGCAAAGUCACAUAAUUACAUUGAUCGAGUAAUAGCCUUUCUGUAAAUCCUGCCUUCACGUGACACGGAAGCUGUUGGACUGCGGUUUUUCCCCAGGGAAUUGGAUGAUCUGAUCGGUAAAGGCUCGUUAUAAUCCAUGUUUGUCAAGUGUGUCAGUGACGUUUAUAUUCGUUGUAUAGAAUCUGUCAAAUAUGUCUGAUCCCUACUCAACUGCUGCCUAUGAUUGAAUGAUGGAUGUAUCACAAUAGUGCCUAGGUAAGAUCCAGCCAGGUGUUCCACAAUUCUGACACCCCAAUCACCCCCUCCGUGUGCACCAGCGGUUUCCAUGGUGAUGGACCCUCCCGGUGGGCGAGACGAGCGGCGUCGUCAGGCGGAGCGUCUUCGACGGGAGGAGGCGUACUAUCACUUCAUCAAUGAUCUGAGCGAGGAAGAGUACCGCCUCAUGAGAGACAGCAACCUGCUGGGCACACCUGGUGAGAGGAACCUAGAGCACCUGACCUCGCUAGAACCCAGGAACCUAGAACACCUGACCUCACUAGACCCCAGGAACCUAGAACACCUGACCUCACUAGAACCCCAGGAACCUAGAACACCUGACCUCACUAGAACCUAGAACACCUGACCUCACUAGAACCCAGGAACCUAGAACACCUGACCUCACUAGAACCCAGGAACCUAGAACACCUGACCUCACUAGAACCCAGGAACCUAGAACACCUGACCUCACUAGAACCCAGGAACCUAGAACACCUGACCUCACUAGAACCCUCUAUAAUGCAGGGCUGCACAGCUCCAAUUCCCCAGGGCAGCAGUGUUUGCUGGUUUUCAGCCUUGUUUUUAAAUCCCAGGCUAAUUUGUAUCAGGACAGCCACGUGCCUGGUCCUCCUAGCCAAUAAGUGGUGCUAAUUAAUGCCAUGGAGAAACGAAAACCAGCAGGACUGCAGCCCUCGAGGAUUGGAGUAGUUGUCCGCCCCUGCCCAAACCCAAUACACUAAUGCAGACUCGCUAAUGCAAUCUAAUAUAGGCCUACCCUCGCACACACACAAUGAUGUGUAAUAACACAAUAAUAUCACGUCAUAAUAUAAUGGCUCCAUGUUGGCCACUAAGGGUUGAAUUGGAACUGGACCCUCAACAAUGAAGCAUAUAUCCCCUUGACCUAACAGAGGACAUGUUGUUCCCCAGGUGAAGUGACAGCGGAGGAGCUACGGCAGCGCCUGGACGGGGCAAAGGAGCGUGUGUCAUCUCAGCCCCGCCCUGAACCACACCCACAGAACACGGAGGCUGGAGAGGAGGAGGGGAGCAGCGGUGAGGGGGAGGAGAGAGGGUUAGGAGGGGCAGGUAGGGAUAUAGGGGUGGAAAUGGAUGCUAAAGGGUCUGGGCUGUAUAACCUAAACUUGACAGGAUGUUAUGGGUCUCAAAAUGUUAAUGACCUACUUGCUGCUGUAUAGUACUGAAGUAUGACUAGUAACGAGCGCUGUCUGUAUAGGUACUGCUGAGACGGGAGCAGAGACAUCUAACGGCGACUCACUGCUGGAGUGGCUGAACACGUUCCGACGCACCGGGAACGCCACGCGCAGCGGCCAGAGCGGCAACCAGACGUGGCGCGCGGUCAGCCGCACCAACCCCAACAGCGGAGAGUUCCGCUUCAGCCUGGAGAUCAACAUCAACCAUGAGCAGCCGGAACCAGGGGAGCACAGUGACACCCCCGACCCCUCAGAGUUGGCCCCUGUCCCCCCUCCAUCCACAGCCUCCAUACACACUUCCCCCUCCACUCGCCCCUCCCCCUACACCCCUGCCCGGCCCUCCCCCUACACUCCUACCCGGCCCUCCCCCUAUCCCUCACCUCGAGCUACCCUGGGCAGGAGGGCUCAGACCCGCCGUACACGCAGUACUACCACCACCCCCCCUCUGACUCCUGCACCCUUCACAUCACCCCUGACCCCCCCUACUGCUUUAAGAAGUACAACAGCCCUCCACCUCCCCCCAGCCCCAUUCCCCAUAACCCCCCCUACCCUUCAGGAUCAAAGCAGCCCUCUACAGCUCCAAUCCCCAAGCGGAGCUUCCUCCCCAGGUGAGAGGCAGGAGGAGGGGGUUCCUACCCUGGACUGCCCCCGUGUACCAACCCAGUCUGGCCCCCAGGGGGCGUCUGUGGGUCAUGAGCCACGCAGAAGCAGGACUCGAUCCCGCGGCCGGAUCCGCAGGGCUGCAGUAGGAGGUGGGACUUCCUCCCGGUCGUCUAGGAGACGUAGCCGCUCCCCUCUUCAGAGAAACCCUGCCCCUAACUCAGCUACCUUGUCCCCUAGUGGUGGGAGUGGAAAUAGUGGCUCUAAUGAUGGCCACACUGCCGAGCCCGGCAACGGAACUGCUUCUGUCUCCAUGGAGACCGGUGAGGCCUUGUCAGAGCCGGCUGUAGUAGCAGAGGCUGGUCCAGAGGCAGGGGAGCAGGAGGGAGAGGCACACACGGCCGGGGCGGGGGGUGCAGGAGGGGUGCGGCGCCAUCCCACCAUCAUGCUGGACCUGCAGGUGCGUCGCAUCCGACCGGGAGAGAACCGGGACCGGGACAGCAUCGCCAGCCGUACCCGCUCCCGGGCCCGCGCCGCCGAGAACACUGUCACCUUCGAGAGCGACAGCGGAGGCUUCCGGCGCACCAUCUCCCGCUCGGAGCGGGCCGGGAUCCGGACCUACGUCAGCACCAUCCGGAUCCCUCUGAGGAGGAUCAGUGAGACGGGCCUGGGGGAGCCCAGCUCCACCGCCCUGCGCUCCAUCCUCAGACAGAUCAUGACUGGCUUCGGAGAGCUCAGCUCCCUCAUGGAAACAGAGGCUGACUCUGAGUCCACUGGGGGCACGCCAGGUCACCAGGACCCUGCAGGACCCAACGCUAACACCAACACCACACAGGCCUACCAUAGCCACGGCAACGAGAGUGGAACUGGGGCGGAAGGCCAGGCAGGAGGGGCGGAGAUGGAGAGAGAGGGAGCAGCAGGGGCCGAGGAGGAAGGAAGAGGCCAGGAGAGGUUAGCCGGGAGUGACGGCGGCGCCGGGGGAGUCCCCACCCCCAACGAGGGUCGGCCGACGAGCAGGGACACGAACAACCUGGUGGAGAAUGGCACACUGCCCAUCCUGCGGUUGGCCCACUUCUUCCUGCUCAACGACGAGGAAGACGAGGAACACCCUCGCGGCCUGACCAAAGAGCAGAUCGACAAUCUGGCCACACGCACCUACGGCCAGGCCAGCCUGGAGGGGGAGGCGGGGCGCGCCUGCAGCGUCUGUAUCAACGAGUACGCCCAGGGGAACAAGCUGCGCCGCCUGCCCUGCGCCCACGAGUUCCACAUCCACUGCAUCGACCGCUGGCUCUCUGAAAACAACACCUGCCCCAUCUGCAGGCAGCCCAUCCUCCCCGUGCACCAGGAC